CACAACUGAAGUGCUCUUGGAUUUAUAGUUGUUUUGGUUCGUCACAGUCGAAGAAGAAGAGAAAUCGAAGCAGUGGCUUUCUUCUCCAUCACAGCCGAAGUUAAAGUGUUAAAUCGAGAAGCUAUGGAUCGUCAAAAUGGAAGCAUGUAAUUAGUGUUUCUAAGGUUGGAUCGAUCAUCAAGAAAGAAAAGAUUAGGAUUUUUCCAUCAUGAAUCAGGAAGUAAUUGGUAAAUUUGUAAUCAACUUUAUCAGAUCUGCUGGCUUAGAAGAAACAUUUAUGAGGCGAUAUGGAGUCAAUUCAAUCAUUGAAAUUACACCAGUUCAAUUUAACAAGUUCUUUUGCAAACCUCCAGAACAGAUUUCUAGGCCAGAUCCAUCACCUGCAUGCCCGAUUACUCUCAGUAGUGUUGAAUUAGACCUUCUUGCCCCAUUUAUGCAAACACUCAUCGAUUAUGACACCCCAAGAGGUUUAUCAUUCUACAAACCUUCAUGCUUUAUUCAUGGACUACUUUAUCCACCUCAUUAACCAAUGACAACUUUAUUAGAUACUGUCCGAAUUACCAUCCCUAUUAUCUUCGUCUAUAUUAUGGGAUUCUGUUUUGGAUACAAUGCUUAAGGGCUCGCAGAGAUGCACGCUGCUUAGGGUUUGCUGACUCUGCUUUUCUAGAUUUCUUCACCACAACCUUCCCUCCAGAAAGCCUUCCAGUUUGUGGACCUCUCAUGCUCUUAUUUCAGUCUCUGUGUACUUCAAAGCCAGAGAUAAAAUCAUUUGGACUUGUCGUCCCUGACCUUCCGAGUAAGCCUGGUCCAACUUACCGACAUGAGUUUAUGCAACAAGACAUUAACUCCUUCCUACCUAACAUUCCAGGUAUCUUUGCUCUCAUUCGAGACCUAUAUGAUACCAUUCAUGAUGAUUCAGAAGGCAGAGUCUAUCCUAAUCUGGGUUGUCAUACUCCAGUUCCUCCUGGCGCCAAUGAACCUAUUCAGUUUGGUUUCUGUAACUUUCCCAUCCUUGCACAAAGGAAUGAUUUCGAAAAAUAUGCUCUAUGCUCACCAGGUUUACAGUACCCAUGCGAAGCAUACAAGGGAAUCAAUCGAUCCUUUUAUGAGAAGUACAACUCUAUCCCUUUCCCCGCACUCCAUGCGGAUGAUAAAUUAGCUGAAUUUCCUGCAUUCCUCCAUCUGGAUGGAUCUCCUAAGUGGUUUGUGUCAAUUGUGUUAAUUGCUGCUAAAGCGGCAAAAUUCUUUGAAGAAUCAGGCUUUCUAUCUGACUGUUCGCCUAAAGGCUUACCUAUUAAUCAGUAUGUCUGCAACAUUCAAAGACCGGAUACCCUUCCUAUUGCCCCCAGAUAUUCAGCUGACCCAAGCUCUCUAAUCCAGUUCAGCUUACAGCUUUCUACAACUGUAAGAAAACCAAUCCCUCUGAUCAAAGCAAUGGCCGCAAGCUGUCAGACUCGCAUCAAAAUGUACCAUCAACAUCCAUAUUUCGGAGCUUUUGGUGAACCUGUCGGCACAGGACCUUUUUGGGAUAUUCGCCCUGUUGAGACAUCCUCGAUCGACAUCAACUCCUACCUGUCUUAUGUUCAAAUCAUCAAGGAAAUGCUGAAGGACGACAUCAAAAGAUCAAGAACAUGCUGAAGGACAUCUCGCUUUAUCAAAUUUUAUUUAAUUGUAAACUUGAAAUUAAAGGAUAGGAAACAGAAAAGAUGUUAAUAUUUUAAUCAGUUUUAUGUUUACCGUUUUACUUACAAGGUUAGCUUAUCUCAGCUUUUAUCCUAAAGAGCUGUUCAUAAAAAUAAAAAAAAAUAAAAAACUUUGAUGUUUGGCUUGCAGAUGGCUUAAUACACAGAGACAUGGAGGUUUGGUCAGUGAAGAGGAUAUUGCUUCGGUUUUAACAAGGUACAGUCCACCAACAAAACUAGCUCUACUUAAGGAAGUUGCUCAGUUUCCUGAUGUGAAAAUAGAUUGGAAUGUGUUGGUCAAGAAGAUGACCACAGGUAUCACUAAUGCAUGGGACAUUUGGGUUAAACUGCCAUAAACAGUAGAAGGAAAACCUGCGACGCCAUUGCAAGAUGGCGUUAGUGACUUGGAGUAUGGGUUGGAAGCUUUUCUUCCUGCUACUGAUGAAGCAUCAUUAGAGGCUGCUGCUUGUGUUAAGUUGCUGCUUGCUUCUGGUUUGCAAGAUGAUGCGGCAGGUUCUGCAACUGUAGAAGCUCUAUUGACUAUGAAUAAACCUAGUUGGCAGGAUCCUAAAAGUCCAUUGGAUGAUCCCCAGGCAUGCAGCUUAAAAGGAAUAAAUAUUACUGUUCUAUAGUUUCUGUACAAAAACAAUGGGUGCCGCCUGCAGUGACAACAGCUUAAGGUUGGAUGCAACUGUGUCAAGUGCUGGUGGCCAGCCUGCAAAAAGAAAAAGAAAACUCUGGAGAGCCUGGACAGCAGAGGAGAAUAGUGGAUUCAUUGUUGCUGUGAAGAAAUUUGGUGAAAGGAAUUGGGCUCAGAUUCUUUGGGCAGAUAUCAAGGAUGAUAGGACUUCUUCGCAUUUAGUCAAGAGACGGACUGUCAUAAGUAAGAGAAACAAUGCUAACUCAAAAAAAAAGUGUAGGGUAUGUGUGUUGGAGCUGGAAACACGUUGAAGGAAGAAAAGGUUCAGCACUCAUCCAAGGAAGUAACUAAAAACUCAUUCAAGGACAGCGAGAUCAAGAACUGAUCCUAAGAACUCGUCUAGGGAAGAACAGGUCAAGCCUGUAGAUAUGGGAAUUGAUUGUUAUGCAGAUAUAGCCAAGGAUGGCAAACAAUAUUUUGCCAUAUUCAUAACGGGAGAAUCUUAG